AUGCCUAAAGACGCUUCACAUCUUCCCAGGAAGCGAGGCCGUCCUCGACAUCUGUACAAAGAUCCCAAGAAGGUCGAUAUUCCUGCGACGCACGGCCAUCUAACAGCAGCGUUCCAAUAUCUCUCGCAGGACGCCAACGCACAAGACGAUGGCCACUUGCAAGCAGAGUCAUCAUCCAUCUUUAUCGACCCUACACUCGAUUCGGCCCUGACAAACAACGCUCAUAUCACGGAAGCAGAACUUUCUCGGCACCUCACGCCGUUGGAUGCCCAAAAUCAAUCACAGGCUGAUGCCAUCGUGCGAGCAUUGACUCUUCAUGAGGAGAGUCAUGGACAGCUCGUGACGCUUGACUAUCAGCAACCACCCCCCGCACCACAGCUGCAACAACCUAUACAAAGGCAUACUAGCUAUGUCAAUGGCACUUCCUGGGUCAGCCGGUUGCUUUCCCCGGAGCGCGUCGCCGAAAGACAGGCGCUUUGGGAUAUCGUUGCUUCAUGCGACUAUCUCCCCGACUCAUCAUCGCCCAAGGCAGACUUGAGUGCUGAAAAGUUGAAUGGACCGGGUCUCGAAAUGAUUGAUGUGCCCCCGAAUAGCGGGUUCGUCAAGCCUACAAGGCAAAAGAAGCUCGAUGGAGAAGAGUAUAUGAGAGAGGUGAUUGAGGUGGAGGAUAUACCGCGGUACUUUGAUGGUCUGCCACACGACUAUAAUGCUCUCUCGCGCGCUCGUUGUUCGUCUUAUUUGAAGAUUGUAUGUUUGGACCCCCCAGGCCUUGUGCCCACCGACAUUCGCUCGCGUCAUAUCCAUGUCUCGGUAGACGACAAUGCGCUUCGAGAUAAUCCCGACGGCUAUGUCCAUCGCAUCAUUUUCAGGUGUUCGGGGAUAUGCCUGAGAGCGGAUGGAGAGGAAGAGUGCAUGGGCGUUGCCGGGGAAGGGGGGCUACCGUGGAUGGGAGAGCAGCCGGAGAACUUCGCCCAGAGCUCGAGUGAGACGAAGAAGAGACGGCCACCAGCGUGUGACUCUUUGUUAGCUGUCGAGAUGACUGCCCGACAAGCGGCUGACGGGCAAUGCACAAUCAUCAGACGGCGGCCAGAGUAUCAUCCGCCCGGCCCAACAGCAGCCCUUCGACUUUCACCAUACAUACGAAGUGUGCUUCAUGAACUCGCAUCUGACACUGGCAUGCCAAAUACCCGAUUACGCUCUGAAUACGAGAAUAGACUGAGGACCGCAGCCUACCCCAUGUGGGUCGAAGCAAACUUUCCUCAUCGUCUGCCCAAGCCGCAGCAUUACUUGAGCAUCGCGGUCACCAUUGCUCGUGCGGCGAAGAGGGCGGGGCAUGCGUGA